UUUUGACGUUAUUGCGUAUAAGACGUUAUUUGCAUGGCAACACAAGAUGCACCAAAAUAACGACAGGAUGAAAGUUCACCUUUAAUAUACUACAAAAUAUAAACAAUAAUAAAUUAAAUAACAGAGGCUAAAAUGGACCAAGUAUUUAAAAUGUUUAAAGAGCCUGCAGCCAAAAAGUCCAAAAAAAUGGCAAAACUUUGCAAGAUGGAAGAUAACUUUCCUGUAGAUGCUAACAACCCAUCCUUGGAGACUCACAAGAAUGAUAAACUGUUCAUCGAACGAUUCUCUUCACUGUUCAAUGCAGAAAAACUAAGCGACAUCGUUUUGGCAGUGGGAGAUCAGCGCUUCUAUGCCCACAAGUUUAUGCUUAUCGUGAGCAGUGAUGUUUUUGAGGUGAUGUUUAACGAGAUACGCUGGAAGGAGUCCUCACAGGUUGAAGUGAGCCUAACUGAAGAGCUGGAAUGUGUAGCUGUCUUCCCACAUUUCCUAAGGUAUAUAUACACAGGAGGUGUGAGUCUGACAACUGAUAAUGUUCUGCCGAUACUUCUCUUGGCAGACAAGUACAACAUCCCGGCCCUGGGGCAAACCUGUGUGGAGUACAUGCUUCAUCAUGUCGUUGAAAACCCCGACACCAAUCGCACGCUGUCCUGGUACCAGUACGCAAAGAUAACUGCCAAUACUCUGCUGGUUGACAAAUGCAGAAAAUUUAUCCUGUCCAAUUUCGAUAUCAUUUUGCAGACAUCUGAUUGGAUGACGCUGACAAAGGCUGAAGUGUGCGAAUUCCUUUCCAGCAACGAUUUAGUUGUGAGCGACGAGUACUAUCUAUGGAUGAUGGUUGACAAAUGGUUCAGUUGCGAUUGUCACCAACCAUCGAGCAAAGAUGUUGAAGACAUUAUUUCUCUCAUACAUUUUACCAUGAUUCCACCUAAACAGCUGCUGGAGAUAGAAAAAUCAUGUUUGUAUUUGAACCACAAAGAAUUCUUUAGAGAAAAAUUGAAUUUAGCGUACCGGCAUCAUUCGUUGCUCUUAGAUUCCGUGGAUUUAAAAGGAACGGAGGAAAGGUUUAGAAAUUAUACUUCAGAAUGUUACAGAAUUUGCUGCGACCUGAAUAUGAGCCACUAUUUGUCAACUGAGAAAUGUCAAAGCAAGAUAAAUCAAAGAAUUAUCUCGUCUUAUGACUUCUUUUCUGCACCAAGUGGGCUUUCGAAGAAUAACCAAGCCGAGUUUGACAUCACUUUAUGGCCCAAAGGUCCGUUCAAGACGUUCCAGUGGUAUGGGAAGUUAUCGGACAAUGCAAGCCUUUCUAUUCGCAUGAUCCCCAAAAAGCAAGAGCAUCUGCUCAUUGGCAUAACCUUCAUUGUUUAUGGGAUCAAAAAUGGCGUCCGAUAUGUGGCGUAUUCGUAUGCGAACAAAAACACGUUCUCAAACACUAACACCCUCUUUGUGGAAGACAACUUGAUGUCUUUGAAGCGUUUUAACGAAGAAAAUUCUCCAUUUUUAAUCUCUGGAAAUCUGGAAGCAAAACUGUUCCUGAAAGUGGAAGAAGUCAUUAUGCCAGAGCAGAAAACACCAUAAAAACUUGUUUCCCAUUACAUAUCAUGAUUGUUCAACUUGGCAUUCUUUAAAUUGUGCAAUAAUCAGCUUAUUUGUUGUUUAUAUAGAGAUUGUCGUGACAUAUAUUUUAUUAAA